AUGUUAAUUUUAGUAAUAGUAUUAAUUAUGAUAAUAUGCAUGUAUUUAUACUUCUCUUUUGUUGAAUUUAUAUUUGUGUUGUUUUUUUGUUGUUUAUUUACUUUUUUUUUAGUUGAUUGGUCUGGUAUUUAUUUAUUUGUUGGGGAGUUAUUUGGUAUAGAUAUAUUGGUUUUUUUUUUGAUUGAGUUAAGUUUGUGGAUUGGAAUACUAAUAUUUUUAGCUAGAAUGAGUUUAAAGGUUAAUUUUGAUAAGAUAUUUAAUUUUUAUAUUAUUUUGAUAGUUCUUCUUUUAAUUUUUUGCUUUUUGCUUCAAAAUUUAAUUGGGUUUUAUUUAUUUUUUGAAAGAGUUUUGUUUCCUAUUGUUAUAUUAAUUAUGGGUUGGGGAUACCAGCCUGAACGUCUUCAGGCUGGUAUUUAUAUACUAUUUUAUACACUUUUUGGUUCACUCCCUUUAUUUUUGUUUUUUUUAUUCAAUAGAGAAAGAUUAAGAAUUUUUUAUAUUUAUUGAAUAAAUUAUAGAUUAUCAAUAGUGAUAGUGCUUAUAGGAGUUUUAGGAUUUUUAGUAAAAAUACCAAUAUUUUUUGUUCAUGUUUGACUCCCAAAGGCUCAUGUUGAAGCUCCGGUAGCUGGAUCUAUGAUUUUGGCUGGUGUGUUAUUAAAAUUAGGAAUUUAUGGACUUCUUCGAAUUAAAUUUUUUUUAAUUAAUAAUUUUAAUAGAUUUAGUUUUCUGAUUAUGAGAGUUGUUUUGAUUGGCGGUUUAAUAAUUAGAUUAAUUUGUUUAUGUCAGGUUGAUGUUAAGGCACUGAUUGCAUAUUCUUCUGUAUGUCAUAUGGGUAUGGUUUUAGGAGGUCUUAUGAGUAUAACUGGUUGGGGGUUGAUUGGAAGUUUAGCUAUAAUGAUUGGUCAUGGUCUUUGCUCAUCAGGGUUAUUUUGUUUAGCAAAUAUGUACUAUGAACGGUUCUACACUCGUAGAAUAAUUCUUUUAAAAGGUUUAGGAAGAGUAUUUCCAUUUUUAGGAUUGUGAUGAUUUUUAUUUAGAAUUAUUAAUAUAGCAGCCCCUCCUUCUAUAAAUUUAGGCGGAGAGUUAUUAUUAAUAGGUGGUAUUAUAAAGUGGAGAUUAAUAGUAAUAGUUCCUUUAGGUUUAAUAUCUUUUUUUAGUGCAGGGUAUUCUUUGUAUAUAUUUAGUUAUUUAAAUCAUGGGAAAGGAUGGGUGGUAUAUGGUGUGUUUAUAAUUUCAAUUCGAGAAAUAUAUCUAUUAUUUCUUCAUUUAAUUCCCCUAUUAUUGUGAAUUUUGAAAAUGGAGAUAUUUAUAAUUUGGUUUUA